GCAGUCAGUGGUCCGUACAAGAAUAGAACGCCUCUCGUCAUAAUUUCACUAUAACUAAAAUUAUAGACUCUAAAAUUCGAAACCGUCAAUCCAGAGCUGCCAGUAACCAGUGGCCCGCCAAAAAAAGCUAUAUCAAUCCAUUAAAGGUGGGUAAAAAAAAAUAGGCAUUCAUCGCGGGGCAGUGAGUUCCGAGUACCGCCUAUUUUGUUACAUAUGCAUUGAUACAAAGUGAUGCCUGCACGUUUGAAAGGAUUUACGUGCACUGAGGGACGCAUAUAAAAGGGCGGGUUUUGUCUGGUGUUCAGUCAUAAAGUUGCAGGUCAACUGGCCAGCUUUAUAUCGCGUCAUCAAUUUCAACAUUCUUGCAACAUAACGAAUCGGUUGAAAAUAAAAGAUCUGAAAUUAUACAUCAUUCUUCGCCCAAUCGAAAAACAUAUCCCAAGUUAAUCAAAAUGACUGCCCAAUUCGAAGAAAAACCUCUCUUUGGAGGAGCCAUCACAGGCACGAUUCCCCAGGGCUGGCUGGAUGCUAGUGACAUUCGCCAAGUCCCCAAUCAUCAGGAGAUAUUCCUCUCCCCCACGACCCUUUCAAACCUUAUCAUAGAAAUCAAUGAAUACGUGCCUAAACAACAAGCCUUACGCACACUCUCCUCAGCUCCAGAAUCUCUAUCUCAAGCUGGUGCCGCUGCGCACGUCGGCGCCGAGGCAGAAGGCGUUGCUGCUGCUUUGUAUCAUCUCCGAGACCUAUGUGACGAGGGCGACACCAUGGACAUCAUCAACCCGCCCCAUCCAGUCCAACUUAAACAUUUCACGGCCGUCAACAACCUAUCUGCGUUCACAGGGAUUGUGAAGUAUACGACCCCUAAGAAACAGCGUAGCGCUACAGCAGGAAUUAAUGCUUUGGGUCGGGAAGAUAGCGCGCAGCAGCAAACCUCGUUUACCUCGAUAGAUGGUGAUGUUUCCGGAGGUCGGGAUACGGCGAGCUCGAGUACAACUGGGCCGUGGAGGUCGAGCUAUUCAAGCCAUUUCCUGCUUGUGCGCCUACCGGAGAAGGAGACAGAUAUUCUAGUCUUUGUGAAUGUGCCGCAUGAUGAGUUUGAUUUGCAGGGAGAUCCGAGAGCUUUGGCGAGGGAGGAGGCGAUUGCUAGUGGGCUUCUGGAGAAGUUUGUGGAGGUGUUAGAGGUUAAGAAUUGGGAUUUAUUUGGUUAAGAUAUGGUAUUUACCUGAGACGCAGGAAAUGUUUGAGUUUAUAUUUAUGUACGAGCAGAAUGGAUCAGAAAUAUGUAUCAAUUGAUGUAAAAUAGAUAGCUGGUUCGUUCCGAAAGGAAUACCCUCAGCGUCUAAAGAGGCGAUCUCGACGUGCGAGUGCCUAUCAA